CUGACCUACCUGCCUCCUCCGUGGGGAGAGUGUGAGUCCAAGGCCCUGGACUCUGGCUUCUUCAAGGUCUACAGUGUGACAGCCUGCAGGAUCGACUGUGAGACACGCUACAUCGUGGAAAACUGUAACUGCAGGAUGGUGCACAUGCCCGGUGAUUCUCCAUUCUGCACCCCUGAACAGUAUAAAGACUGUGCAGAGCCUGCCCUUGCCAAGUUGUCGAUGCUGGAGAGUAGUAACUGCAUCUGUAGGACACCAUGCAACAUGACGCGCUACAACAAGGAGCUGUCCAUGGUCAAGAUCCCCAGUAAGACCUCAGCACGCUACCUGGAAAAGAAGUUCAACCGCUCUGAGAAAUACAUCACGGAUAACAUCCUGGUCCUGGACGUGUUCUUUGAGGCCUUGAACUAUGAGACCAUCGAGCAGAAGAAAGCCUACGAGGUGGCAGGCUUACUGGGUGAUAUAGGUGGUCAGAUGGGUCUUUUCAUCGGGGCCAGCAUCCUCACCAUCCUGGAGCUAUUUGACUACGCCUAUGAGGUGGUGAAGGACAAGUUGCUGGACCUACUGAGCCGAGACGACGAGGAGGAGAGCCACGGAGAGGACGUGAGUUCCUGUGACCCGGUGGCGAACCACUCAGAGGCCAUCAGCCACACGGUGAGCAUCCCCCUGCAGACCACCCUGGGCACACUGGAGGAGAUCGCCUGCUGAGCCCCCAGCCCAGCUCCACACACACACCAGGCCAGGCCACUGUGAGCCACCACCUCACGGGGAGCCAGCAAGCAGCAGCCUCUUCCACAGGCUAGCAGGACAGAAUGAGAGUGACUUUGGUGGGGAGGAUGUGUGGCUGGGUGGCUGGUCAGAGGAGAGGGUGGCUGGGCUAGACUGGGCCUCCCCUCCACACAGUCACUGCAGCACUAAUGGGGAUUAAGGAGCUGUCACCUGGACUUACUGGUGCCCUCUGUUACUGGAACUGUUACUGUUACCGUCCUGCUGGAGGAGGACAGCCGCCUCCCCUCCCUCCUCCUCAUGUGCUCAUCUACCUGACAACUCAUAGGUCUUCUCCAGUUCACAAACAGACAGACUAUACUGUAAACCUAACGGGAAGGGACUCAUCUUUGUACAGGACAUGUGUAUUCACUAGUCAUCCAUCGGUCAGUACUGCCAGACAUUAUACCAUAACAGUUACUGUGAACUGUCCAAGUUGCAUGCGCCGCUUCCUCUCGGAGACGGUUUCUCUCUUUGGUGAUGCUGAUUGGCUGACGCUGGACUGCAGUGUUGCUUUACUGUACAUUUACCCUGUCUCUCUCAUUCUCUCUCUCUCUCUCUCUCUCCAAUGAGACGAGGCCAGCUAUAGAAAUAGAAUGUAUAGAUUGAACAUGGUUCUCUAUAACAUAUUUCAUAUGACACAUCCAUCGAAGGCAGUUCCAUUUUGUUGAUGCACUGUUUUCUUAGGUGGUGAGUUGUAUAUCUUGGGGAAGGGGUGUUGGGACUGUAUUUGCAUUCAUAUUGGAAAAACAUGAGCAUUCUAAAGAAUCAAUUCCAAAAUGACUGUUUUGCAUUCAGUUAUUUAAUUUGUUGUUUAAUGCAUCCGUUCUAUUGAUUCCACUCCUAUCAUUUACCACAAGGUUAGUAUGCAGAGGGAAGGCAAGGUACUGAGCUGCUUCUUAACAACAUAUUAAACAGGUGCCAUAUUCCUACGUGUAAACUCUUGUAAAUUAUUAAACACUUGCCUCUUGGCGGCAGCGCCUCAGUGAGGUAAAAGCACUCGUUGAUGACUGAGGCUGAGCCAAAACCAGAGAGGUGGAGUGUGACAUUGUUUGCCUGGCAGAAUACAAGCAGAGUACAAAUGUCGCUCAUAAAUUAACAUGCUGAGGAGGUUUGGUUUCAUUUCAGCUGCAUGAUGUGGGUGUGUUGUCUGGAGAGACCUGACGGACUCCCACCUCAUCAGAUUUUAGAUAAUGGACCUGGCCAUUACCUGGAGAUAGCCCAGAUAGAGACUAUUUAAACUGAAUUUCCAUGAUAAUCACGGUUUUAAUAAUGGAAAUAAUGAUUAGGAUGAUAAUAAUUGCACUGAUGUAGAUUCAGACGAGGGGAAAUUAUCUUCUGAUUAAUUUGAGGAUACAAGGUGUGUUGUAUUGUGGUGUUAAUAUUGGUGUUGUGGUACGAAAAACCAAAGCGGGUACAAGUGUCCUGUCCUUUCUACAGUGGACAUUAUUAUUGAAGAUGGACUUACAUGAACCGACUUAUGACUGGUUGACAUUUUGAUUUGAAGCAAAUAAAGAUCUGGUAACAGAGCAGGAUAACACUAACACAACUGAUUCAACUAAUCAAGACCAACAUGUAAGAACUGUCGUCUGCAGAAACGGUACCCUGCACACUCUGCAGUUUGCCGGGACUAUUGUCCAUCUCUGACUGAAAGACACAAGCUUUGUCAAAUUGUAGGUGAUUUUAAGCCAAAUAUUUUGUAAAUAGAUGAUCCACUGAUGAUGCUCAUAGCCCCCAACUAAACACAUUUAAUAACCAGUUAAAAUCAAAAUCACCAAACCAUGGUUGGUGUGAGAGCCCAGGAGGUGUUGUUCUGUUCUCAAAAGUGACAAAAGACUAACCAAAGCCCUGACAUGAAACGCUGACUUGUUCAUCUCAAAAAUAAUUUGGUUUGUACUUUGUUUCUUUAAUGCCCCUCCAAUCUAGUGCCAUCACACUAAAAGGGCCCAUAUUGCAUCACUAUGAUUUAACGAGUACAUCCAUCCAGAGUAGCAUAUCAAUUAGCCAUGAUUAUUCAGACAGGCGGCAGGUAGCCUAGCGGUUAGAGUGUUGGGCCGCUAACCGAAAGGUUGCUGAUUUGAAUACCCAAGCCGACAAGGUGAAAACUCUGUCGAUGUGCCCUUGAGUCAGGCAGCUAAACCUAAUUUGUUCCAGGGGUGCCGUACUACUAUGGUUGACCCUGUAAAACAACACAUUUCACUGCACCUAUCCGGUGUAUGUGACAAAAAAAUAUAUAUAUUUGUACUGUGUCAUCAUUAUAAUGUACAGUACAAGUGGGAAUGAACUCCAAGUGCUUUGUGAGACUGUUUGAACUAUGAUUUCCUGUCUGUUGUUGACCUGCUGUGUGUAAUCUAAUCUCUCAUGUAUGGCUUAGCAUGUCUCCUUUAGCAGUGAUCUCCGCCAUCUCCAGGGGCGGUUAAUUUUUAGCGUAGUGGGCCUGUCUAACUCAAUUUUUUUUCUCGCAAAAUGAUUAUCUGACCUUGAGGAAAAAUAUGGACCGGUGUGGGGACCUCAAGGAAAAAAAUGGGCUGGUAUAUUACAAAUGCGAGAGCAGAUUUCUGGUCCCAGUCCGCCCCUGCAUCUCACCUACUGUAUUGAUCUGUCCAUGGAGAUAGGUACACUACUAUAGGACACAUACUGGGUCUCAGUGAAAAUGCCACUGGUUGUUUCUUCUCUUUUGGUUUCUAUUGUUAUUGCAGGACUGCUUUUUCAUUUUGUGAUGUAGCAUACAGUACAUGUUUUUAAUGUGAAACGAUAAAAAAAGGUUUUUGCUGCGG